GGUCUAUGAGUCCUUGCCGAACACCUCCACACCGCAAUCAUGGAGGGCCUUUUCUUCAAUGUUGAUAACGGAUUUCUGGAGGGCAUCGUCCGAGGGUACAAGGCUGGCAUCUUGACCCAGUCGCACUACAGCAGCCUGACACAAUGCGAGACGCUCGAAGACUUCAAGACCCAGCUGUCUGCAACUGACUAUGGUAACUUCCUCGCCAAUGAGCCAUCCCCCAUCUCCACAACCACCAUCGCCGACAAGGCUACCCAGAUCCUCGUCGACCAGUUCAACUUCAUCAGGAGCAACGCAGUUGAGCCCCUCAGCAAGUUCCUUGACUACAUCACCUAUGGCUACAUGAUCGACAAUAUCGUGCUCUUGAUUACCGGCACGCUUCAUGAACGAGACACUCACGAGCUUAUGGAGAGAUGUCAUCCGCUGGGUGUCUUUGAUACCAUGCCUGCGUUAUGUGUGGCCACGAAUGUAGAGGAACUAUACCACAGCGUGCUCGUUGAGACGCCUCUUGCCCCUUACUUCCGUGAUUGCCUUUCUGCCGCUGACCUUGAUGACCUGAACAUCGAGAUUGUUCGAAACACUGUCUAUAAGGCUUACCUGGAGGACUUCUACGACUACUGCGCCUCCCUCGGUGGCCCAACAGCGGACGUCAUGCAGAGUACGCUCGCUUUCGAGGCGGACCGCCGCACGAUCAACAUCACGAUCAACUCAUUCGACACCGACCUUUCGAAGGAGCAGCGCGCCAAGCUCUUCCCCGCCAUCGGCCGGCUGUUCCCCGACGGCAACAAUCAGCUCGCCAAAGCAGACGAGAUCGAGCAGGUGCGCGUUGCGUGCGAAAACGUGACCGAGUAUCGCGCCUUCUUCGACACAUCCAUCUCUGCCCAGGGCAAUGGCGGCGCCUCCAACGACUAUGGUGGCGAGUCGGGCGUGGCGGCAAUGCUCGAGGACCGGUUCUUCCGUCAGGAGGUGUACCUCAACAAAUUGGCGUUCCUCCAGCAGUUCCAGCAUGGCGUAUUCUACAGCUAUAUGAAGCUCAAGGAGCAGGAGAUCCGGAACCUGACGUGGAUAGCAGAGUGCAUUGCACAGGAUGCCAGGGAUAGGAUUCAAGACUUUAUUCCUAUCUUUUAGCUAAUUCGUACAGUUGUAGGCACGCUUUUUCACUAUUGACAUAUCAUGGAAACGAAAUCAUAGCAGAUUUGAGUUGACACCGUCGAGAUGCCCUCAUCAACCUAGGCAUAACCUGUCUUUCCUGGCACAAUGCCGAAAGCGCCUCCCCCCUUCCCAAACAUCUUGCGCAGAUCUCCAACCAACUCAGUAGGCUUCUCGAACGCGGCGAAAUGCCCUCCGCUUUCGUGCACGCCCUCGAAGACGACAUUGUUCUGGCGACGUACCC